CACAUGAGUACUCAGCCUGGCACGCACACAAACACACAUACAAAUACACACACACACAAAGUCAUAGAUAAGUACACAAAUACAAAUGCAUCAGCCAGAAAUCACUUUGGAAAUCACCUGAAGAGGCUAUAAGGGAAUAAAGAAACUGUGCGAGUGUUGACACAUAACUCUGAGGGCCUGAAGUGAGGAGGCAGGUUGAUCGGCUGGUUUGUUGGACUCAGAUCUACUGGUCGUCCAGCGCUCCAGUCAUCGGCAGCAGGUGAAGGACUCAUUCACAGAGGGAUUUACUUCACACGCUGACUAUUGUCAGUUCUUCUCUGAGCUUGCUGGAUUUUGACAAAGAGGUGGGGCAGCAGUGACAUUAUCCACCAAACAUCAUGGACCAGGAGGAGGACAAAAACUCAGUGGAUAUCCAUGACAACCCUCCAGCUCCUGACAACGUAGUGCACGAGGAAGGAGACACUGUCUAUUUCAUAUAUGAUGAGGAGGUGGAGGUGGAGGAGAAGGAGCCAGAACCUCCUCCUCCUAUUGUCCGGAUCAAUGACAAACCCCACAAGUUCAAGGACCACUACUGCAAAAAACCCAAGUUCUGUGACGUCUGCGCUCGCAUGAUAGUCUUGAACAACAAGUUUGCUCUGAGGUGUAAAAACUGUAAGACCAACAUCCAUCAUUCAUGUCAGUCCUACGUCGAGUUCCAGAAGUGCUUUGGGAAAAUUCCUCCUGGUUUCAGACGGGCCUACAGCUCCCCACUGUACAGCAGUGACAGCGGAGAUCCAAACAACCCGAACCGGAAUGACCCCGUCUUUGACACCCUGCGGGUCGGAGUCAUCAUGGCAAACAAGGAGCGCAAAAAGAAUGAAAAUGACAAGAAGAAUAUGAUGGUGAUGAUGGAGGAAGAAGAAGAGGAGAACCAACAGCCCAAAGAGAACGAGGAGGGAGGAGAUGGAAAGCCUGAUGAGAAGAAGGAGAAAGGAGGAGACAAAGCAGAUGAAAAGGCUAAAACGUUCUCCCAGACCCACUACUACCUGGCUCUCUACCGCUUCAAGGCCAUAGAGAAAGACGACCUGGACUUCCACCCCGGUGAUCGGAUCACAGUGCUGGAUGACUCCAAUGAAGAGUGGUGGAGGGGAAAGAUGGGGGAGAAGUCGGGCUACUUCCCCACCAACUACCUCAUAAAAGUGCGCGCAUCGGAGAGAGUUUUCAAGGUGACACGCUCCUUUGUAGGGAACAGAGAGAUGGGACAAAUCACACUGAAGAAAGAUCAGAUUGUGGUGAAGAAAGGAGACGAGAAAGCCGGCUACCUGAAGGUCAGCACCGGACGCAAGCUGGGCUACUUCCCUUCUAAUCUGCUGGAGGAGAUCACUGUGACAUAAAAACAACAACAACAUGCAAUGAAAGAGUCUGACAACACACUUUAAACAUCAGCACAAUCUGGAGACGUCACUGUUCGAGAGAUCCUCCUGAUCUUUCAGCAAUUUUCUAUAUUUAUUACGUAAAAUAUCAAAAUGUGCUCUUUUUGUGUCUGUCAGAGCGGAGAUAUAUUUGAUGUGAUGUAUUUGUGACUUUGACACAAAGUGGAGCAGGAGAGAUGAUUAAUACGCACAUUAAUGAGACAAUCAGGUGAUGUAUUGACUUUGUUGUGACUAACAUGGUCAUCAGAUGCUUUGCUGAUUAUAGCUAGUAUCGAGGAGAGGUAGAAACAACCUGGAGAGCCCUGCAAAAGGUCAUAACUCGACAAUUAAAGGCUUGAUAAAAGAUUUAACAAAUGCAUCAACAUAUUUCUAAAUCAAUCUGACGAUACAGUUAUUUUAAUUAAGUGGACAAAUAGAGUUCCUGUUACAUCUCACAGCAGAUUAGUUAAGUUUGGCCAUCAUUUUCAGUUGUUUUUUUACUAGCUUUAUUAUUAAUAACAUGAAUUUAUUCACAUUUAAUGAUACUGCUUAUUAACCAGUUCCACUGCUUAUUUAGGUAUGAUCCACGUAUCAAAUAUUUUAUAUUCUACAAUUUAUCUGUUUAAAAAAUAUAUGUUUUUUAAUGAGAAUUAUUAUUGUCAAAUUAAACUUCUAAUGACUUUGUUUGUUACCAUUUGCGAGGCUCUCUAGGUAUUUUACGUAAAUAGAAGCCAUUUCAAUAUGUACAUAGCUUUAUAUUAUUAACAAAGAAAGUAAACAACACAAAGUGAAGAGAAGCUACGUGAAAGCUGUGUAUAAAAACAGCAAUACUGCUCAAAAUGAUCUCAAAUGUUUGCACUAACUGCUGCUGAUAAAACUAACGCUUGAAGUAUAAAUGUUUCAAAUAUUAAACCUGAAGUGCACUUAAAAAAACUUCCUGUGGAACUUUCUUUGAAAUGUUUCCAAAAAGGCAACAUGGUAUUUAAAACUCUUAAGUUUUGAGUUUAAUACAUAAAGCAGUCACACUUGUUACUGCUGAAGUUAUCCAUAACUUACUGUGGAGGUUUAGCUCACAUCAUAUCCUGUGUUUAUGUUAAAACUGGCAGCUGAAAUCCAGUUUCAAAUUGAGGUUGAAAUUGUAAUGCUGCUAUCAACUCUGGACAGAAAAAACAUCAUGUGAUCCAGCAGCAAAUAUCCUUAUAAAUAAAACAAUAUAUAUUUUUCCUCCAUUCUC